GGCUACGGGAGCCCGCGUUCCAUGUUCAUUGGCUGGGACUCGGAGGCGGGGCUACGUGGAGGACGCACGGAGACGGUGGUCAUGGAGAGAGCCAGCGCUGGCUUCCGGAAGAACCACUGCUUCUGGUGCCCAUGGAGCUGUGGCUGGCUGGCACUGAGCCCUCCUUCCCCCCAGGAGCUGGUGAGCAGACUGCUGCACCUGCACUUCAGGGAUGACAGGACCAAAGUCAGUGGGGAUGCCCUGCAGCUUAUGGCGGAGCUGCUGAGAAUCUUCGUUGUGGAAGCAGCUGUCCGUGGGGUACGGCAGGCCCAGGCAGAAGACAUGGCCCUGGUGGAUGUGGACCAGCUGGAGAAGGUGCUUCCUCAGCUGCUCCUGGACUUCUAGGGGUGUCCACCCCUCCCAGACCAACCCCCAGGAAGUCAGUAUUCCCCUAUAAGCUGCUGUGUCUCCUGUGGCCUGCAGGGCCUGGGCUACAUCCAUACCAGCAUUGACACCCAGUCCCAACAUUGUUCUCUAGCCUCUGAGGGAUGACAAGAUCCUGGAAGCUCCUACCCUUCCUAGUGCCCUCUUGGUCUGUGGCUCACAGGCCCCUGGGGACACACCCUGUGGGUCCUAGGGAAGCAGGUGCAGUGGGGAGGAGAACUGGUCUACUUCCUGGCCACAGCUACUCAAGAUAACCCAUGUGUUUUACAAACCAACCAGCUGCCUUACCACCCCAACAUCAAAGCUGGUGUGUAACUUUUUAGCCACCUGAUACUUCCCUGAGCUGUAACUUUGUCCUGACAAAGAAACAUCAAUAAAUUAACACCUGUCUCCCAG